CGGUUGUAUUGACCACAAAAUCUGGUUGCUUCGUCAGACUACAAGCUCCAUCUCCUCCAAAAAUAACUAACUCCUCAGACCUCAAACAAACAAACAAGCAAUAUGAAGGCCUCCUCUGUCGGAGCUGUGCUCCUGGGCUUGAUCGCCCCAUCCUUUGCCGCACCAGCCGUUAUCAACGCCCGCGCCGCCCCUUUCAACAUCAUCGUAACCGACCCAAACGUCCAAACCCUCCGCCCCGUCUUUCUCCUCUGCAACGGCGCCACAACUUCCGAUGACUUCAUCAAAGCGACCUACGCUCUCUCCAGUGACGGAACCUUGACAUGCACGCAGCCCAUCAACGCCGGCCCUGGGGUGCCUCCCCCAGUGGGAUUUGCUGACGAGCUCGGCGGGCGUCUCGCCGCCUACUACGGCACCGGUGGCAUCACCACGGCUUUCAGCGUCGGCAAGGAUAACCAGCUCUCAUUUAAGAACGAGAAGAUUGGGGCGGCUAAGUGGAUUGCGAGGCCCAGUGGCGUGGAUGGAACUGUGUUUGGGUACUUUGGAGGACCAACCACUCAAGACUAUGUUGUCGUUACCUUGGCUGCGUCGUUCAUUGCAUCGACUGAGUAAAUGGAAAGGGGGCUGGGUAGUGAUCAACCUUAGGUAGUGA